AAAAGAACCUGUGGCACAGCGAUUCCACUUUUUGCAGAGAUUCCAACCAAACAUGUGGAAACCAACAGGUACCAAUGAUAUUCCAUUGGGUCUCAAGAGAAGAUUUGGCGAUUCCGACGACGGCAGUGUUUCUCCACAAGCAAGAAACACAGGUGCAUCCAUGUCACCCUCUGGCGAGCGAGGACGUGAUCCCACUCCAAAGAUGACCAACGGUAAUUCCCCUUCAGAAAAUGGUCAGCGUAAGCGAAGAAGUCGCUGGGGCGCCAGUGAUACGAAAAUCAAUAUUCCCGGGUUACCGACGGCUAUCUCGUCGACAAUGACCAAAGAGCAACGCGAACAAUAUUCUGUGCAUUUGCGUAUCGAAGAAAUUAAUAGAAAGUUGAGGACUGGCGAUAUUGUACCGCACGAACGGGACAGAUCUCCAUCACCAGAACCAGUUUAUAACGCAGAGGGCAAGCGUGUUAAUACCAGGGACGCACGCUAUCGCAAAAAGCUGGAAGACGAGCGCCAGCACAUUAUUGAAGAUGCCAUUAAAAGGUAUCCAGAUUUCCGCCCACCGGCAGAUUACAGAAAGGCGGCAAAGACAACCGACAAAGUAUACAUUCCAGCAAAGGAAUUCCCUGAAAUUAAUUUUAUUGGCCUUUUGAUCGGACCUCGAGGUAACACACUGAAGAAGAUGGAAUCAGAAUCCGGAGCAAAGAUCAGUAUUCGCGGCAGAGGUUCCGUAAAGGAAGGCAAAAGUCGUACUGAUGCUGCUGCAAACGCCAAUCAAGAAGAAGACCUUCACUGUCUCGUAACAGCGGAUACUGAAGAAAAAGUGAAAAUAGCAGUCAAGUUGAUUGAAAAAGUCAUUGAAACGUCUGCGUCUGUGCCAGAAGGUCAAAACGAAUUGAAACGAUCACAACUACGUGAACUUGCUGCGCUCAACGGUACAUUGCGCGAUGAUGAAAACCAAACAUGUACCAACUGUGGUGGAGUUGGACAUCGUCGAUACGAAUGCCCUGAACAACAAAACGUUACCAACAAUCUCACGUGCAAAAUUUGUGGUGGACAAGGACAUAUGGCUCGUGAUUGUUUACAACGCAACAAUCCAGAAUUCAUGCAAAAAGCACAGGAACGUGAAGAGCAACUGGAUAGCGAGUACAUGAACCUCAUGGCCGAAUUGGGUGAAAAAGUUACCGACGGAGAAGCCGGCGCUGGUGCCAAGUGAACGUCCACCUUGGGCUGAUCGGGCUGCGGCUAGUGCGGCUGCUGGACAGGCGGCACCUUGGCAGCAACG